GAAGGAAGUUUGGGUGACUGAUGGCGGACGGGGGGUCCAGGGAACAAGGCCUUGUGGGGAAAGUACAACUUCACUUCUCUCUGUUGUCCCAGACCAUGAACUACGUGGGGCAGCUGGCAGAGUCGGUGUUUGUGACGGUGAAGGAGCUGUACCGGGGCCUGAACCCAGCCACGCUCACGGGGGGCAUCGAUGUCAUCGUGGUGCGCCAGCCCGACGGCAGCCUCCAGUGCUCCCCAUUCCACGUGCGCUUCGGCAAGCUGGGGGUGCUGCGCUCCAAAGAAAAAGUGGUGGACAUUGAGAUCAACGGGGAGCCAGUUUACCUGCAAAUGAAGCUGGGGGACAACGGAGAAGCUUUUUUUGUGGAGGAAAAUGAGGACUUUGAGUCCAGAGUGCCAGCCCACCUCUGUACGUCACCCAUCCUCAUCGAGCUCCCGGAGGGGGCCGAGGAGACCUUCGAAGGCCCCACUUCCGGUAGCACACGCAGGAAAAAGCGGCGGCGCAAACGCAUACGCUCCGACUCCCACCUAAGAGAUGACUGCAGCUCCUCGUCCGAGGAGAGGGAGAGGGAGAGGGAGCGGGAGCAGACUGAACAGGAGAGCCCUUCCAAAGAAGAGCUCACCACAUCCAUGCUCGCCAGUAAGUCGGUGUACUUCUCGCUGUCUGAGCAACCGUAUGAAGAGUUGGGGGCCGUGCAGACCAGGGACGUACACCCUCACUCAGAGGGAGAGUGGUCCCCCUCAGAGAGCAGUGUGUUCUACAGUCGUCCUUCCUCCCCCAAGAGUGACUCCGAGCUGCUGGUGAAGCCUCCGGAGUCCUCAGGGCCUCAGAUGCAGUGGAACUGGGGUGGCUUUCCAAAGAUGUGUUUGGCGGAGAGGGGGACGGUGGAGGUGCAGCGCGUCUCCCCUGGCAUCCACUGCUCGGACAGCUCCCACUUCCGCACCAUCCAGUGGCAGGACUCCUUCGACAUGGGCCAGGAGCCCGGGUUCAGCUGUGGCCGAGCGAACAGUAGCGUAACGGUGGUGGUCAGGCCCAAGCCCAGGACCGGACCAGCGGUCCCACACACAGAGACUUCCCCCAUAGACCUGGAGAGAACCUCUAAGAGAAGCUGCAGCCCAUAUCACCCCACCGCAGAGCCACUGACUUUAGCAUCAUUAGCGAUGGCUAGCAUAGACUCUUCCCAGGCUCCAGGGCAUACAAAAAAGCAGCCCCAAGUAGAGACCCUGCAGGCAGAGGAGGAGGGAGCCAAGGAGUCUGCAUCCAACCUGGAGCUGAAAGAGGCAAGAUCCUCCCUGGCUAACAUAGUUAGCAUUGCUAAUGGAGGAAAUGCUGAUAGCCUAGCUAGCGCAGGAAGCAUAGGCGAUGUUGAAUGUGUAGCUAACACAGUUAGCCAAAUUGAAAACGACUGCAUAGACACACCCAUCCCACCCAAAAAGGCUAGCAAAGCUGGCACAACCAGCACAGACAGGCGAGCUAGCAACAGGAUAGAUACUUUAGCAAACACUGCUAGCUUACCUGACGCUGCUAGCUUAGCCAAUGCAGCAGGUCCCAACAUUUUCACAGAGUCUCUCGAUAGGAUCGAACACCCAGACCAGCACAGUGCCUUACCAGAAACCAAUGGACAGGGGUUUGCAGAAGGAGUUAUCGUGAGUGAGGGCAACAGUGGGAUCAAGCCCUGCACUGAGGGAGGGGAGGAGAUGGAGAUCAAAUCUGUUAUGAUGGACAGAGCCACAGAGGGCUCCCUGACCAAUCAUGCUGCGGAGAGUGUUGAAGUGACAGAAAUGGGAGCCACUGAGGCUCUGGGGGAGGAGCAUUCUGGCUCAGCAGUCACAAUGGGCAAAGCAGAGCACAGAGACAAGAAGAAAGGUAAACGCAGUCAGCACCUAGGACCCUCCGACAUCUACCUGGACGACCUGUCUAACCUUGACCCAGAGGUGGCAGCUCUCUACUUCCCGCCUAAAGGUGAGACAGAAGGGAGCUCACGGCAGGGUGCUGAGCAAGGGUCUGGGUCUGGUAACCAGUCUCCCCAGUCGGUGGGCAGCGGGGCCAUGGACAGCGGAACAGAGUACCUGUCGGACUCCACCUCCGACCACAUGGAUGUCAGCAUGUCCCUCUGCGGCCGCACCGGCCACACCAGCCAAAUCAACAAAGAUAAGUUUAUGGAGCAAGUUGUGAACUACCAAGAUUUGGUGAGCAACCCUGGACUUAUCGAAGAUCCAAAUCUGGUUAUCUGCAUCAACUCAAAGUACUAUAACUGGGCAGUAGCUGCCCCUAUGGUCCUGUCAAUGCAAGUCUUUCAAAAGAAUCUACCAAAGAGUGCCAUUGACCAGCUGGUGAAGGAUAAGAUGCCCAAAAAGUCUGGCCGCUGGUGGUUCUCCUGGAGGAGGAAGGACAUGGACACUAACCCAAACCAGCCUGGAGAGAAUUCCAAGCAGGAUCAAGAGAAGUCACAAGCAGAGACUGAAGAAGCCUCAACCUCUGUUUCCGGUCACUCAACAACGAUACUGGCCACUCUCGAUGACCUGACAAGCGACGAGGAGGCGGGCCUGGGCCGAGAUGGCAGCCUAUCAUCAGAGACCUCCGAGACCAUGACCACCGCCCAGUGUUUCAGCCAGAUGUACCGGAAGUCCCUACGCCUCACUUCCGAUCAGAUAGAGCGGUUGAACCUGCGGGAAGGGGCCAACAAGGUUGUGUUCAGCGUGACCACUCAGUACCAGGGCACCUGUCGCUGCGAGGCCGCCAUCUACCUGUGGAACUGGGACGACCGCGUUGUCAUCUCAGACAUCGACGGCACCAUCACCAAGUCUGAUGCUCUUGGGCAUAUCCUACCUCAGCUGGGGAAAGACUGGACGCACCAGGGCAUCGCCCGACUGUACCACAAAAUCCACCAGAACGGCUACAAGUUCCUGUACUGUUCGGCGCGGGCCAUCGGCAUGGCCGAUAUCACCAAGGGCUACCUGCAGUGGGUGAACGACAAAGGCACCGUCCUCCCCAAGGGCCCCGUGCUGCUGGCCCCCAGCAGUUUCUUCUCUGCCCUGCACAGAGAGGUGGUGGAGAAAAAGCCUGAGGUGUUUAAGGUCGCCUGCCUUACCGACAUCCGAGAUCUGUUCAACCCCCAGAGGCAGCCCUUCUACGCAGCCUUCGGUAACAGGACCAAUGAUGCCUUUGCCUAUAAGAAGGUGGGAGUCCCUGACACCAGGAUCUUCACUGUGAACCCCAAAGGAGAGCUCAUUCAAGAGAAGACCAAAGGGAACAAGUCAUCGUACACACACCUCGGCGAGCUGGUGGAGCACUUCUUCCCUGAGAUCUCCAAGGAUGGGACUUCAUCCUCCUUCCACUGCCCUGAGUACAGCCACUUCUCCUACUGGAGAGAGCCCCUACCACCACUGGACAUGUCCUCUCUGGACUAGAAACACACACCACUGGACCAGUCCUCUCUGGACUAGACACACACACACACACACACACCCACCACUGGACCAGUCCUCUCUGGACUAGACACACACACACACACACACACACACACACACACCCACCCACCACUGGACCAGUCCUCUCUGGACUAGACACACACACACACACACCACUGGACCAGUCCUCUCUGGACUAGACACACACACACACCACUGGACCAGUCCUCUCUGGACUAGACACACACACACACAACUGGACAAGACACUAGCACGCAUGCACACACUUUCUUUCCUCCCCUUUGCUCCUUUUCCUUCUCUCUCUCUCUGUCGAUCCGUUUCUGAAUUCAUAAAUGGCUUUACUAAGUGUUCAUUGCCUGGAAUAUUCUAGAUGUGAAAUGUUCUCAUUUAAUAUGCUCUAUAUUCUCCUGUGUCAUUAAUCUAAUGCAAUAGAGAAGAUAAAGCUAAAGUGUAUGGAUUUCAAAGAAUUACUGGGAGACACACACACACAGACAUGCACAGAGCCAAAUUGAGACCAAAUAUGCAUCGAUGACUGUUCAUUUUACGCAACACUGUAUACUUCAUAUUGUGGAAUAUUGAUUGCAAAAAGUCACUGCACUGGCCGUGCCAUAUUGCCAUUAUCCAAACGAUACUGGAGCAAGGUACAUUUGUGUGUCUCAAGAGUUCCAAAAAGAGCUUUGCCAUUUUAAAACACAGUUAGCAAACCUGCAUACUAGUAGUAUACUAUACAAAUUAUAACAUCUACGUACAGAUGCAACUGGACAAAAAUACCCUUCUCAGUUUUAAGUUUGCUAUAUCACUUUUUGCCUGAACUUUCUACUUCAUUUGGUGUAUGCAUACAAUUCCAUCCUAUAUAUUGUUUUGAAAAACAUAUUUAUUAGCUCAUUGUACCAUUGAGCGCAAAACAGCUUUUUAGCGUAGAAAAGGUAAGUAAGCCUUCAGCUUGAUUUGAAAACAAAGCCCCACCACGUGAGUAUUUAUGCUUUGUGUUCUAGUGGGACUGAUCUGGAAUUGUUCAACUUUCUCUUUGCCUGUACUCGCUGUCGUCCAUUGCAGUGACGACUCAGGAGUCUGCUUUAAAGGGAUAGUUCACCCAAAUUCCUCCUUUUUUCUGUACUUUAAAAGUAGUCCAAAGACUAUUAUGAUAGACUGCAGUACACUCUUCCCAUGUGAUGGUGGAACAUUGAAUGUCAGCAUGACCAAGUAACCGUACUUUGUAUUUUAUAUUAGAUGAGUAAAGGACAAAACCAUUUUAUUUUUACAGUGCUAAAAUGAGAUUAGUGUAAAAACUCUAAAAAAGCAAUAGAAGUGUGCGUGCAUGUUGACCCCAAAGAGUAUAUUGUAGCUCGAAAAUACAGUCAUUGGAAUGGAGACAAUGUGCUGAGUUGUAGCCUAGCGUGAUGAGUAAGCCCGUCCGUCUGAGACCAAAAUGACUUGAACUGCUGCUUUUGACUGGAAGCUAGCUUUUUGAUCUAGUUUAUAGUUGACUUCGCUAUGUAUUUUGGAGCUCUUGCAUCAAGGAUUUGGUAGCAGUUGGAUACACACAGGCCCCAACCAGAAACGGGACCCAACCAGAAGCAAUGCCUAGCCCCUGACCCCGCAGUGGUCAGGGGGGUGCAUCAGGCUUCUUGCACCCUGGAAAAAGUGUUUCAGCUUUACACAAGAGACGAGGGAGUAGGGGCUUGGGGUUGUUUCAGGACAGGUGCAAUGGCAUAGUAGGUUAGGGGUUGAUCCUAAAGUCUGGGUUAAAGCUAUAGCCCCUCAUUAGCUUUUGUCACGCAGAGGUGCGUUAUGGGCGAGAUCUUAGCAGAAUAUGUGUUGCUACUAGUUAACAGUAGGCUCGGAUCACACCACUCUCUUUAAGGUUACGACACUUCAUGUUUUCGAGCUGAGCCAUAUAGAUAUUUAUAUAUGGUUUCGAUGCGGUUUUAUACUAGGCCAUACGUGAAUCGGGUGGCUCAGAAUCGGACACAUUCCAGGGUUGAGUAAAUAGAACCGGUUGGGGAAUUGAAAUGGUCUGGUUUGACACGGUGCCUUCUUGUUUAUAUGAUUCAUAAGCUUUUUAUAUGUAUUGAUAUUUCUAAAUAUAUUGUUUAAUGUCAUCCAAAGUAAUACCAUGGGCUCUGUGUGGAGACUAGAGAAAUUGCAUUGGACCCGAAAAGCCCUGUCGUUGCUGUAAGUUUUUAUCAAAUUAUCUUAAUAUAAAGUAAAUACUGUAAAACACA